GCCCCUGAUUAAUGCCUCGUUCCCAUUCCCCCGUCCCUAGGUCUGCUCCACCCCGCCGCCGCUCGUUCCGCCGCCGCCCAGCGCCAUGUCCGCCGCCGCUAGCUCCUCUGCGGUGAAGCGCCACGGGAGGAAGAUGCUUGGUCCAUCGCCGGCAUCCAUGGCCUUGGCAGCGUCGUAUCCACCGCUGGCAUCUUCACCGAGGACAGUAGCUCAUUCGGUGCAGCCGCCGGCGGGGAUGCUGCCGUUGGUACCUUGCCCUAGCUGCGGCAUUCGGUCUACAAUUCGUCUUGUGUCAAAAUCGGAGACAAAUCCUGGCAGGAUUUUCUACAAGUGCCCCAAUCAUCAUAUUCCACCAAAUCCUUGCCAACAUUAUUACUGGGAAGAUGGACCAGACAACUAUUUUGAUUUUUUGGUGAGAGGUGGGUACAUCAGCCAUGGAUUGAGCAGUUUUGAUUCGGCUGGUGUCAUUGCAAGUGAAGUGAUAGAAGUGCAAGAGGAAUGUGCAGGAGCAAUGCAGAGCACUGUUGAGACUGUGAUGAAUGCGGAUGUACUGAAGAAGAUGAAUGAGCUUAUUUUUCUUUGUAAGAGUAUUCUCAGUGCACUUGUUGUAUUGAUUGCAGUAGUGGUGUAUGUAGGUUUUAAGAAGUGA